AUGGAAGUUUUGAGAGAGGCGUGCUCCUUGGAAGGUGAACUUGUUAAUGGUCGGGUGGAUGACAUACUUGCCAAGUAUGAGCAAGUUCCACAGCGGGAGCUUUCACGGGUAAUUGACAGUAGGGAUUUUGAAGUGCGGUUCCUGAAAGAAAGAACGCGAGUGGUUACACUUGAUGGUAUUGAUAUGAGAUGUUUUGAUAAUAUUAGGGAUGGGGAACGCAGAGAUUCGGUAUUUCUCCUCAUACAUGGGCUGGGAGGAUCUAUGGACCAGUUCCAACCCUUGAUGAAACUGUUGACUUUGUUGAAAUAUAGAGUGAUUGCUCUUGAUUUGCCUGGUUUUGGUCAAAGUGGUUCAAGUACUAACGGUUAUGACAUGUUAUAUGUUACUUCGGUGGUUAAGAAAGUUGUAGACAAUAACAUAGAGAACAAGACAGAUAUUGAUUUUAAAGUUGUGGGUCAUUCCAUGGGAUGUUAUAUAGCUUCUCAUUUUGUGCAGAUGUACCACGAGGAAUACAAUAUUGAUAAACUGGUUCUAACAUGCCCCCCACCUCCUAGCAUCAGCACACUAAGACAGGACAACUAUAUUAUGAAGAUGGCAAUGAGAGGGCUUAUGUGGGCACCUUUUAUCUUCAACAUAUAUAGAGUGUGGUUUGAUCAAAGCAAGGGUCUGAACAGUUCUGGAAUUAUGAAUUUCUUCAGUGCCAAUACAGAAACUUUCCAGGACGAAGAAACGGAGAACAAGAAUUUGAAGUUCAGAAAGCUCUGGCAAUUCUCCAACAAUAUAAAAAUUGAUACUUCUACAAUUUUCUCCUACUUUUUGGGUUGGAAAUUCCCGGAUUGGGAGGAUUUGGAUAAUAUCAUUAAUACGAAUAAUGUAGAAUUGGUGGUGAUAUAUGCCGAGCACGAUAAGAUCACUCCAAAACAGGACGCACAGCUGAUCUUUGACGCUUUUAAAAAUGUUGCCGCUACUAAAAAGAAACUUCUGGAGAUUACUAACUGUGGUCAUAAUAUUUUUUUCAAUUGUCCUGAGAAGGCUUGCAAAUUAUUUCAGGAACAAGUGUUUUAA